CAGCUCCACUGAGUUGGUUUUAUAUCUUCUUAAGGAUCAACACUUCAAAUAAAACACAGUGUUUGGGAAGUUACUUAGAAAGCAGAGCUUCACAAGCUGUAAGGAACAAACUACUUUGUAAAAAAAAUGAUCAAAUUGACAAAGUACAUGUGAUAUAAAAAACUAAAUAAACUAAAUAUAUAUAUUUACUACAAAAAAAGUCACAUUCCAGCCAAAAAAUGCCACUUAAUUGAGUUUAUUUAAAGAGCACCUCCUCGUUGACACGUCAUUGAUUUAAACCAAGAAAAUAAAAUUCCCGGCUGUUCAUGGGAAAGUGCUGGAGUGGUGAUUCUUCCUCAGGCUGAGAUCGCUGUGUGACCAUUGAGCAACGCCGCCGCCCUCGGCUUUUUCACAUGCACUACACAGAGGUCAAGUACAUGGAGGGGGCUGUGUGACGAAUGCGCUGCCUGGGUAAACAGUAUCUUCACAGUGGCCUGGGCCGGUUAAAGGUUCAAUUACAGCGGAGAAGCAACGGCGAAAUAAACUUAUUAUUUGUAGUUUCAGUUGUGGGGGAAAAAAAAUCAUUUAACUCCUUGAUUCACGAUGCAAAUGUGAAUGUAGCUGAACUUUUUAAUUACACGCUCACUUCUCCCCAACACUGCACUCCUGUCUGUCCAUUGCUCCAUUCCCACCUGCAUCACCUAUUUAAUUCUGUAAUAUUCCUUUUGACACUUGUUCACUUUCCCCCAAAAUGAUGCAAUGUAGUCCGUCUUUGUUCAGAGGUGACCUGUCACACAGUUGAGAAACUCGGUGAAAACCCACUCAACCAGUCGGUGUAGAUAACUCGGGUAAUUCACUCGGGUUAUCCAGCUCCUGUCACAUCCACCGAGGGUUUACACAAAAGCAGGUGGGCAGCCGUUCCCGCACGGGGAAUACAACCGUCAUAUGAACAAGGUGUGGACGCAGUGGGUGAGUCAAGUCGGACUAAAUCUCACUGCAGCUGAUUUAUGGGCUUUUUCUUUCAUAGCGGACCUUCGGAUGUGUCACACACGGUGUGAAUGACAAUAAUUAAUGAUUUUUCUGAAAAUCCAUUAAGCUGCCUCAGUUUCAGGAUCCUGGCGUUGUGCGUCACAGUCAUGGCUUAGAAAGGAGGUUGUUUAAGUAAUGAAGAAGUUAAUAGAUGAAUUCAGGACAAGGAUUAGAGGCAAGCCUAAACAGGGCUGGGUUACAAACAAUCAUGCUAAUAAUGAUGAUAAUGUGGGAUUUACGAGCCCAGUUAUGUUUUACUUUUCCAUCAGAUAUUUACAUCGUGCAGAUCUAUCAUCAGAAAGAGAUCAGAGACAUAAGACUGAUCAGAGAUAUCACAAAUCUGUUGCUUAUUAUAACUGAAUAUAAAAAGUUUGACUGAGUUUUGUGAUGAAGAUGACUACUCUCUGUAUCGGCUGUCAAACUGUCAAAAUGUGCCCUACCCAAAAUGUUUCAGUUGUUGUGUUUGGACAGACACAGUCUCUGGCCUGCCUCUCGUCUCAGGGCGUGUCCUCUCCGUCUGAGCUCACAACUAUUCAAGUAUUUAAAGGAGGCCUGAACGUGUUGCCGCGAACAGAAGAUCUCUUCCUCCUCCUCCUCCGGUCUGCGUCGUCACACUUCUCCUGCCACUGAACUGAGAUGCCUGUAGAGAUGAGGUCGGUCAGAGACACAGCUGCGGUGGGUCGCUUUCCAACUGUCAAUUUCUGGGAGGAGACGGAAAAAGAAACAGAAAAACCAGAAGAAAACAACGUCCAGAAAGAAAACGCGUGUCAGCGGUGGAUGCGAAAGGUCUGUCCGUGCUGCUGUCCCAAGCCCAACGACGAUGACAUCACAGACACUGUGAUCACAGGUACUGAUGACGGAGAUAAGGAGGAUGACACAAAUGGCGAGAAGCCUGUGACUGAUGCCGGCGAGCUUGAUGAACUCCUUCUCAAAGUUCAGUCGGUCGACCUGAUGAAGAGCCGGUCAGGGGAGAACCGCACGGAGCAUCACACCAGUCUCUACCAAAGUGAUGACUUCAUCAUCCGCAGGGGGCAGACCUUCCAGAUGUGGAUCACCCUGUCGCGACCUUUUAACCCCAGCACUGACAAACUUCACCUCAACCUUAAGACAGGGCCACUGCCAGCAGUGUCGAAGGGAACCCAUGUCAUCAUCCCUCUGGUGGAGGAGCUGGAGGACGACGGGUGGGAGGCUGCUGUCGUGUCACAGGACGACAAAAGGAUCAAACUGUCAGUUCAUUCUCCUCCCACGGCCGCCAUUGGUCGAUAUAAACUCACGGUGGAAACCAGUGGCGCAAGCGGCCGCGCUGUUUCCACACACGACCCCGCCAACGACAUCUACAUGUUGUUCAACCCCUGGUGUGAAGAGGACACAGUGUUCAUGGACUCUGAGGACGAGAGGCAGGAGUACGUCCUCAACGAUGUUGGACGGAUCUACUACGGCACAGAGAAUCAGAUCGGAGUGAGGACCUGGAACUACGGCCAGUGUGACGACGGGAUCCUGGCCGCCUGCCUCUUCGUGCUGGAGAAGAGUGGAACUCCUCCGUCUGGCUGGGGAGACCCGGUGAACGUGGUGCGGAUCAUCUCAGCCAUGGUCAACUCCCUCGAUGACCAAGGUGUCGUGCAGGGAAACUGGUCAGCAAACUACACAGGCGGGAGCAGUCCCACGCUGUGGAGUGGAAGUGUGGAAAUCCUGAAGCAGUACCAUGAAAGCAGCGGCUCCCCCGUGAAGUACGGCCAGUGCUGGGUGUUUGCUGGCGUGGUCACCACAGUGUCACGGUGUCUGGGCGUCCCCUGUCGGACUGUCACCAACUUCAGCUCGGCUCAUGACACAGACGUCUCCUUGACGACGGAUGUGUACUUGGACGAGAACCUGGAGCCUAUAGCUCACCUCAACACCGACUCCAUCUGGAACUUCCACGUGUGGAACGACUGCUGGAUGGCUCGUCCAGACUUGCCCCCGGGUAACGGAGGCUGGCAGGCUGUUGACUCCACCCCCCAGGAGACCAGCCAGGGCACCUUCCGCUGUGGCCCCGCCUCUCUUUCUGCUGUCCGCAAUGGUCAGGUCUACCUCAAACAUGACUGUCCGUUCGUGUUUGCAGAGGUAAACAGUGAUAAGAUCUACUGGCAGAGGAACGCAGACGGGACCUUCAGUCAAAUCUACAGCGAGAAAAAGGCCGUGGGCCACAACAUCAGCACCAAGGCUGUUGGCUCUGAUGAACGCAGUGACAUCACGCACCUUUACAAACAUCCUGAAGGCACAGAGGAGGAACGCAUCGCCGUGGAAACAGCAUCUCGAUACGGCUCCAAAGCCGAGGCCUAUUCGUCUCCCACAGCGGAGGACGUCUCCGUCGAAGUGACCAUGGAGGGUGAAGGUCCUACAAUGGGAGGGGACGCAGAGCUGACCAUCAAGUUGAAAAACAGCAGCUCAGAGCAGCGCACAGUCCUCCUGCACAGCCAGGCGGCGGUCAUGUACUACACCGGCGUCCACAAGGCCACGGUCAGAAAGGACAACGCAGACGUGCACGUGCUGCCCAACGAAGUCAAGAUUUUGGAGUGGUCCCUGAACUACAAAGACUACAAGGACCAGCUGAUCGACCAGGCCGCCCUGAUGCUGACGCUGUCAGGCAGGGUCACAGAAACACAGCAGGUCCUGGCCACUCAGUUCAGCUUCCGACUCAGGACCCCAGACCUCAUCCUGAAGCCAAUCGGGAAGGCCGUGGUAGGUGAGAAGACGUCAGUGGAGAUUUCAUUUACGAACCCGCUGCCACAGGUGCUGAAAGCAGUGACCUUCCACGUGGAGGGACUCGGCCUCGUGACCGCUCGAAAGAUCCAUUAUGGAGAUAUUGGCAGCCACGCCUCCAUGUCUCUCACCGAGCACUUCGUCCCCACGCUGCCCGGGUCCAGGAAGUUACUGGCUUCACUGGACUGCCAGCAGCUCACUCAGGUCCACGGUGUGACCGACAUCACUGUGGGGGAGAAGAGCGGCGCCGCUCUAUAGCCAUGUGACUCACGCUGACGCUGAAUGUCUGAGGCAUUUUUCCCAUGUAAUGUAAUGUAUAUGGAAAGCUUCUAUUUAUUUAUACGACACGCCGACCACGGACAACCACUCAUGAAACGACGGAACCUUUUCUACAUUAAAACACAUCACGCUGUUUUACGCUUUAACGCGACGUAGUUCUACAACAUGCAGGUGUGUAAAGUGCAGCUCUGGUCAUUCUUCCAUGGAGGAUACACAACGUGGCAGCUCCAACGAUCAUGUCUCCUAUUUAUAUAAACUAUUUAUUUUGUUUACACUGUGAUGGUGACAAUUAUUUUAUUUAAAAGAUAAAUAUGUGAAUGUAUCAUGUAUUAUUAAAACACAAAUAUUUAAAA